CCCAAACAGGCUAGUACAUUGCUUGAUCUCGACUGGUACAGUUGGCAGCGACUUAAUUUUGAGCUUGUAUAUUAACCUAACUUAAAAAUGCUGCGAUUAGUCGUCUUGCUCGUAGCGGCAGUGGCUGCUUCUGCUAAUGUAGUCAACGAAAACAAUUGCCCUGUGUUGAAGCCAGUAGAAAACUUCAAUUUAACAGCGUUUCAAGGCACGUGGUACGAGUUCUCCAAGUACCCAAAUUCAGCGGAGAAGAAUGGCAAAUGCGGCUCAGCCGAGUACAAGCUCGACGGGGAAGUGCUGAAGGUGAAGGACAUUCACGUGGUGGACGGAGUUCAGACGUACGCUGAAGGCACGGCCAAGCUAGCUGCCGAUGCGAAUAAGGCUGGCAAGCUGGUCGUCUCGCUUAAGUUUGGAGAUGUGACUAAGGACUCCGCACUGAACAUUCUGGCGACGGACUACACUCACUACGCCAUUGCACACAACUGCAAAUACGAUGAGAAGAACAAGAACCACCAAGAUUUUGCCUGGGAAAUCCUAUCACGAAGCAAGAAACUAGAGGGUGAUGCCAAGACCGCCGUGGACAACUACCUGAAGGCCAAUGCUAAAGAGCUGGACACCACCAAGUUCGUCCAGACCGACUUCUCCGAGGCUGCCUGCAAGUUCACCAGCACUAGCCUCAUCACUGAAGCUGUGAAGCACCAUUGAGAACCCUGAAUCAGUUAACUGACCGAAAGUCGCAACUUUUGAUACAUCAUGUAAAGAAAAAUAAUGUUCAUUACAUUUAAUCUUCGUUUUUGUAUGCAAUAGCUUUUUUGCUGCCAGCCCUAUACCUUGUAGCAGGACGUUAAAAUCUACCAACGGUCAGUGUUAUUAUGAGUAAGUUCUUAACGUUAUUCUUUAUAACGAUAUAAACAACACAGCCUAUUGUCUUUUAUACGUGAAAAAUAUCGGUAUGACUGUCUCUUUCCUUUUGUAGUCUUAAAGUUAAGGAUUCUCAAGUGAAAUUGGAAAAAGGCUCUUACUAUAUAUUAUGCAUUUUUCUCUUUUUUCUGGUGAUCUAUAUGAAAAUUUACUAACAAGUUCACAGUUAGUAGUAAUUUGCUGCUGUCUGUUUAAGCUACUCUAACUACUUUACAUUUAAUAAGUGAUAAUUUAUGUUAGUUCGUUCAGAACUUAGUUGAAUAAUUGUGUAAUAAAGGUGUACUUUUUCUUUCUCA